AUGGAUGACGGCCAUCAAGUAGUGCAGCUUAACAUCAUCUCACAAGUUUCGAGAGUCCACAGCACUUCGGAAUUGUCCAAUCCAUUCAAACCACUGAAGUGGACAGCCACCGUGGUGGUUGAACUGAGGUUGAAGCAAAAUUGUGUGGCUGAGGAACAAAUGAUGUCGGAUAAGCUAAGGCAGUAUGUGGAUAGCUGGGGACUUGAGACAACUGCUGUGUUGACACUUGCGCUUGGUUAUUGUAAAAUACUGUCCCUCCAACAGUGCACGGGUAUUGUGAAAGUGGUGGUUGCACUAUUGGUAGUGCAGCUUAACAUCAUCUCACAAGUUUUGAGAGUCCACAGCACUUCGGAAUUGUCCAAUCCAUUCAAACCACUGAAGUGGACAGCCACCGUGGUGGUUGAACUGAGGUUGAAGCAAAAUUGUGUGACUGAGGAACAAAUGAUGUCGGAUAAGCUAAGGCACUAUGUGGAUAGCUGGGGACUUGAGACAACUGCUGUGUUGACACUUGCGCUUGGUUAUUGUAAAACACUGUCCCUCCAACAUUGCACGGGUAUUGUGAAAGUGGUGGUUGCACUAUUGCUAACUGUCAUUAUCAACAACUACCUGCAAAGAAGCAAAGUAUUGCCAAUCAGAGCUAUUUCGGGUAACAACAAACAAUCAUCACUUUCUGCCUCUCAGACUGACAAGCAAUCACUCAACCCCCUCGACUCAACUAAGCUGCUACCUCGGACUAUGGCCAGCGUGUUUGUGGGGGGAACUCCUGCAAAUCAAUCAGAACAAACCUACCCUCAUGGAGUUUCUAGAACAUUCUAUGGCUGUAUGCGAAGGGCAGCUCUUGUCAGUUCCAUCCUUCAGAUAGCAGUGACAGUCUCGUCCGCACACGUGGUGGGCUCAAUAGAACAAGGCUGCUCAGGCUCCCAACUGGCAUGUCUGGAUCCCAUGCACUUCAGGGCACCCCAGUUCAACCAGCCGGCAGGCAUAUCGGCCGAACUGGACUGGACUCUAUCAGCAGGCGAACACAUCACAUUCACGUUCAAGACGAUAGAGCCCAAUGGUCUCAUUUUGAGCCUGCCCCCUCCUCCCUCAGUCUCGGUGGAGUCAUUCUCGGGGGGCAUAGUGGCAUUUGAACUGUGGGAGGGACUACUCUACCUUGUCAUCAAAGUGCAGAACUCACCCACCAUCAGACAACAACUCACCCCAUCAGGAACUCGAUCAUCGGACGGAAACUGGCGCCGGGUCACUUAUGUUAGAGACGGUGUCCAGUUCUCUGUGAAUGUCACCCGCAUAGACGAGACCGUCGAGGGACUGGAUACAUUCAGUACCACAGGGUCUUUUGACAAAGAUCUAUCUGGCAUCCUGAAGACUGGGGGUCUGCUGUACCUCGGAGGCACUUUGACUGUCCCAGAUCCACUGCAGAAUGAGGAGCGGUUUCCACAGGAGCUUUACUCUGUAUCACGGAGGCUGCCAUUUGUCGGCUGUGUGAAGUCAAUCGCCAUCAACAGCCAGCCGAUCGACCCCUUCUCUCUCCUGCAGACCCCCCGAGACACACCCACGAAUGCGGGGUGGGGCUGUGUGCAACAGGGGCUGCAGUGUCAGAGAGACCACUUGAGUUGCUCCAUGGGCAAUGGGGUGUGCUACGAGGGCUGGAACAGAUUCUUCUGCAAGUGCAACCCCACUUACGACGGAGAGUGGUGUCAAAAAGCGGCUGACGUCAUGACUUUCGACUGGAGCUCUGCAGACGAAGGCAGUCGGGUGCAACUCAUCGCAUCUUCAGACAAGAAGGGGGACACAUCCAGAAAAACCAGUACUACAGGUGGAGGCGGCGGGUGGGGAGGGGCGUACAAGUACUCAGUGCUCUACAUAUCAGUGCAGUUCCAGACUACCCGGACUAGGGGGACUGUGUUUGUCAUCUCCUCCAACCACACCUUCCACACCACAGCUCUCCUCAUAUCACACGGAAAACUGGUGCUCAAACUAGGCAUGCCAUCUACAGCGGAAGAUGAGAAGAGCAGAAAGCGAACAAGCAGUGGUCGAGCUCGUCGUCUGGUCGAGAUCCCCGAGAGUCACUUCGUGUCCGACGGGGAGUGGCACUCGGCCACAGUCUCAAUCGAUGAGCACAGUCUCCUCUUCUGGCUAGACUCUUACAGCGUCCUCAAAGGUCAGAAGGAUAAAUUGUGUGGUGGGGUGAAGUGUGAACACAGGGGUGUGUGUGUGAAAGAUGUGCAGACGGGACAGGACAAAUGUGACUGCACUCUCACUACAUACGAGGGCUCAGACUGCUCAAUAGCCGGUGCUACCUACAAAUUCAACGGGGGAGUGGCAGAGUUCGUCUAUCCCCCUCACCUUCGCAAAGACACCAGACGGUGGGAGAGGGACUACGUGGACCCCACCCGGGAUACUCUAGCGGUAUCUUUUGCCACUGAGAAGUCAGAGUGUGACAUGUUUCUCGCUUAUUCGUCCACUACUUCAGAAUUUCUCACUCUUUCACUCAAAAAUGGCAAACCCUUGGUGCAGUACAGCAUAGGCAAGAGUGUGCACAAAGUGAGAGAUUACUCUCUGGCUGAAGGCGUGAACGACGGACUAGAUCACACCAUUGUGUUCACAAGGACAGGUCCCAACAGCACCUUGAGCAUAGAUGACAGACCACUAUAUGUGUACACUAACCUCACGGAUGGUCUGAGUAUCUUCGAUGACCAGGCGGGUCUGCUGGUGGGAGGGGUGAGGACAAAGAGAGAGAUAGUGGACAUGCGCACAGAGGGCACUCUCACCAAGAGAUCUCACAGGGACUUCGUCGGCACUAUGAGUGGUCUCUACUUCAAUGGGAUGAAAGUGUUCUCCUAUCUCGCUUUCGACUCCCCCUUCACCAAAAGCUACGGGGUGCUGGAAAGACUGUCUGCGCCCCUCACAUUUGACCCCGAUGACCCUUUCCUCAACCCGGCCAGUGACCCUUCCUAUGACCCCAGAAUGGGCGACUGCAUUUUCGCGACCCAGAUGUAUCCUCCUUGUUCAAGUAAUAAUAACAACAACAACAACAAAGAUACAGAUUCUUCUGAUACACCGACUCGCACUAUGACACCUGAGAUAUCUACAAAACCCGACACCGACGACUCGGAUGAUACGAAGUUAACCCCCGAGUGCUUGUCAUGUGACAUUUUGGAUCCGACUCAGAACGACCAAGCACGUCCUAUUAAGGAUAAACAGAAACUAGAUGACAUGAAGUCACGAUUCGACGAUAGAGGAACCGACCAGUUGCUUCAAACAACUCGUGGUAUCCGAAUGUCAACGUCGGCAGCUGGAAUCACUAUCGGAAUAGUUACUUCAGUGGUAAUGGCGCUCCUCAUAUUAAUUUUCGCAGUUUACAAAAUGCGACACAAAAAUAUAAUCGAUCAAUACGGCGUGACCAUUGAAAUCUCGGAGAAAAACGGCGAAGCUCCUGGAAAACUUCCGAUUUUAACGACAAAUAAUAUUGACGACUUGAAUGCUACUAGUCGCGAGCAUGAAUUUGGAUUGACAAACCACGUCAUUAGUCAUAACCAGUUUAGCCCGAGUCAUAAACGAACUCCGUCAACCUCAAGUCAUCAUCACCAAGUUGAAAAAUCACAGUUAAAUGAUUUUGUUCACAAAAAUGGGAGUGCUAGUAAUGGAAAAGUAUCAAUCUUUAAACAUGCAAAUGGGGGUUGCACAACGAUAAAAGAAAGUAGUUUGAACAACAACAAUAUCAGUAGCUACGAAAGAAACACCAACACAUUUCCUAGAAGCGUGCUGGCAACGAACAAUAGUUGCAAUAUCGGCAGAACCACAAGUCCUCUUUUGGGUCAGGGGUCAGACUUGAGGUCAAAUUCAGGUCGCAGCAUUCAAGGGUCCUAUUUGGAUUCUCAAGAUACGACAAAUCGAAAAAUUUCUUACACAGAUUUCAAUGACGGACAGUUAAUUAACAUGCGUGAUUUAUCUCAUUUAAAGGAGUGGUACGUUUAAGUGCAAUCACGGUUCGAAGUACCAUUUUAUCAAUCGAAUUGGAAUCGAAUUCAAGUUCAUCUUACCAAUUCUUCCGAAAAUUGAACUCUGACGUUGGCAGGAAAAAAGCGUUAAAACAGUGUCAACUUAAUUUAACGUCAUUUGUUGACAGCUAAAAAGUAAAAAGGUAGAUUGAACAAACAAUGUUUAAAAGUGCCUUUCAAUUAAAAAUUCAGUUGAAUGUUAGGUUAUUUAAGAAUAUUGUGACAGAGCGGUGAUUUAAUUAUGCACUAAGCAAAUGCCAAAUUAAGCUGAAAUUUAGUUGUUAUCACUCAAUUCGUUGUUUUAUAUAGAUGUUUUAUAUUUUUGUUUCA